UCUCUCCCCCCACCAUUCCCAAUUUGCCCUACUUGAAUUUCCCACGCGCUCUGGGUGUCACAUCCGGUUUCAGACCGCCUCUCAGCUGCUCUCUCGCGCUCCCGUUUCCCUGCUCUUCUCCAAAACGGUGAGCCAAACUUGCGCGCGGUACCGGUAGCUCCCCCCACCACCCGCCACCGCCAGCGCCGCCACCACCACCGCCGCCGCCGCCGCCGCUGUUUCUGAAACUGGUGCUGAGCGGAGAGCGCGAGAGCCGGUAGAAGAGCGCGAGACACACACACACAACCAGCCGAAGCACCGGGAGCGCGAGAUGAGCUAAAAUAAUGCCCGGAGACGACCGCGCGAGACCCGCUUCGCCGCCUCCCCCGUCAUUCCGCUGCUAAAGGAGGGGGAGAGAGAGAGAGAGAGAGAUAGAGAGAGAGAGAGAGAGAGAAAAGAAGAAAGAGGAGAAGAAGAGGAGGAGGAAGAGGAGAAGAGCACGCGAGCCACAGCGGUCGAGGCGGGAGGAGAGGCGCGAGAGCGGAGCUGAAUGUGAGAGGCGCGAGAUGCAGCCCGCGAGCAAGCUGCCGACGCUCAUCCUGCUCGUGCUCAUGGGCACGGAACUCACGCAAGUGCUGCCUGCUAAUCCGGAGGAGUCGUGGCAGGUGUACAGCUCGGCGCAGGACAGCGAGGGCAGGUGUGUUUGUACGGUCGUCGCUCCGCAGCAGACCAUGUGCUCCAGGGAUGCUCGCACCAAGCAGCUACGGCAGCUUCUGGAGAAGGUUCAGAACAUGACCCAGUCGAUCCAGGUUCUGGACCAGCGGACGCAGAGGGACCUGCAGUACGUGGUCAGAAUGGAGGACCAGCUCAGAGGCCUGGAGACCAAGUUCAGACAAGUGGAGGAAAACCACAAACAAAACCUCGCCAAGCAAUACAAGGCCAUAAAGGCGAAGAUGGCGGAGAUACGGCCGCUGAUCCCCGUGCUGGAAGAGUACAAGGCGGACGCACGGCUGGUGCUGCAGUUCAAGCAGGAGGUGCAGAACCUGACGACCAGCCUGGCUCACCUGCAGGAGGAGAUGGGAGCCUACGACUACGACGAGCUUCACUCCCGUGUCUCCAGUCUGGAGGAGAGACUCCGGGCAUGCAUGCAGAAACUCGCAUGCGGAAAGCUGAAGGGCAUCAGUGACCCCAUCACCAUUAAAACAUCUGGAUCUCGCUUUGGAUCCUGGAUGACUGACCCGCUGGCUCCAGAGGGAGAUACCAGAGUGUGGUACAUGGAUGGUUACCACAACAACCGUUUUGUGCGGGAGUAUCGUUCCAUGACGGACUUCAUGACGUCAGAUAACUUCACAUCCCACCGGCUGCCACACCCAUGGUCUGGGACCGGCCAGGUAGUCUACAACGGCUCCAUCUACUUCAACAAGUUCCAGAGCCACGUCAUCAUUAAGUUUGACUUCAAGACCUCCACCAUCAGCAAGACCCAGAGGCUGGAUAACGCAGGGUUCAGCAACUCGUACCACUACGCUUGGGGCGGCCACUCCGACAUCGACCUAAUGGUAGAUGAGGGUGGGCUCUGGGCCGUUUACGCCACCAAUCAAAAUGCAGGCAACAUCGUCAUCAGCAAGCUCAACCCAAUCACACUGCAGAUCAUCAAGACGUGGACGACUAACCACCCGAAGCGCAGCGCAGGGGAAUCCUUCAUGAUCUGUGGGACACUUUACGUGACCAACAGCUACUCCGGAGGGACGAAGGUCUACUACGCCUACCACACCAACUCUUCCACCUAUGAGUACAUCGACAUCCCCUUGCAGAAUAAGUACUCGCACAUCUCCAUGUUGGAUUACAAUCCUCGGGACCGCGCCCUCUAUGCCUGGAACAACGGCCAUCAGGUGCUAUACAACGUCACCCUCUUCCACCUGAUCCGCUCUGAGGAACUGUAAGCUUGGAGAUGCCGCCUAUGGAGAGUGAACUUGAAUGGUAUGGAACAUUCGGUCAUGUGUAACGUAACGCGGUGGAACGCCAACAGAUGAAACAACUGUUGGGCUAAUGGAUAGUAUAAAAAUAUCUACAAAACAAAGCAGAGAAUACUCUAAGAAGAUUUCUACGAUCAUGGACUUGGUCAAACAACCAAGACCAAUGCCAAAAAAGUCAUGCCUUUUGAUGUUUUAUAACACGGCAAUUUUUCAUCGUUGGGUUCUGUAAAGGCUUUCUUUGGCACUAAUAGGACAAGUGUUGGUCAGAGUGAGGAAAAGGGACAGAGCCAUGAACUUGACAGAUUGGUUACUGACUCUUAACCAAAAUGUAUUGCCCCUCCCUGCACUGGCUGACUUUGUGGAGAGAAAUAUUAGGUGCUACGUCAAAAUAUACCCAUGACAGCAAUUACAGCAUAUUCCAACCUAAACAUAUGGUUACCUAAGCCUUGCCCAGCCCAAUCAACCCAACAUGAGGCCCGACCCAGCACAUUCUCAACACAAUGGCCUAGCCAAGCUUAUGUAGGCAAUACCCAGCCUAGCAAACAUUUUAGGCUGUGAUACAGCACAGCGGUGUGUGCAACACAAAGAAAUUAGCGACAGGCUGAGGGCGUUGACUGUUGAAAGUUCUGCUGUUGUUCAAAGGUUUCUGCUGAGAUUUUACUUGAACCUGCCAUUACCGAAACCCCAACAGUGUCUGUAACGAGCAAUGUAGCACCCUAUAUCGGACCAAAGAGUGCUAUGAGGCAUUAAACGACGAGCUAACUUUCUAACAAGCUGGCUAAUGUAUCAAGUUAGACUUAGCAUUAGCAUUGCUACAUGCAGUAUGACUGCUGUAGCCAGUGUAACUGACGAUGUACAACAAGGCGGUUCAGGUAGAACCUUACUGUGGUUUAUUUUCCGUGUUUGUGAAUAGCCGUGAGAUGCGUUUCAUUUUGCAUGAGCGGAUUCUACAUAUGCAGGUGCGCUUGUAGGAAUGUUUAUACCUGUAUGAUCCUGUAAACGGUGUGUGGGAGGGGUGGGGGGGGGUGCUUUCUAGAAACAUGGGGGUAAAAACAUCCAUUUCUUUCUCUCUCUGGUUUGUCAUCAGUGACCUGUUAGGGGAAAUUUCACCGCUACACUUCAUAGGUAUAUGCCCAUUAAUGAUGUACAGCAACGGAUCAAUUUUACCUGUUAAGGUAAAACGGUUCCAUACAAUCUGCUGUAUCUCCAUAUAAAGCGUUAAGAGAUCAUAUUGACUUUUUCCCCCUAAUUCAUCAUGUAAUAUUUCUGACGUAAGAAGGAAUUCAUCACAUUGUGGCGCCGCCCUGCUGGUGGGAUAUCAAAAAAAAAGAAAAAGAAAGAUACAGUCAACACAAUAGCUGGUAAAUAGCAGCAGUUGUUACUGUGGCUCUCAUGUCAUAGUUUCUUGUUGAAUUCCUGAAAAAGUUGUUUUCGAGUCCUCAGGAGAAGCUCGCUUCGAGAACCGAGGCUGGCGGAACAUGGCUGGUAAUCAGGCAGCAGGGCUGCAGCUUUCAUAACGUGUCACUCUGUAUUUACACUGAUUACACAGUGGCCUGGAAUGGACAACUGUAUCCACACAAGCAGAAGGGUUUUAGUGUAAUCCAGAAAACACAAAUCCUCCACCAUCUAAUCAACACGCAGCAAGAUCGAGGUUUAUCCGUGCACAGCCCAAAAUAGAGCUGGCAUGCCUAAUCAUGUCCAGCGCAAUUCCCACCAAUCCCAGAACCACAUCUGCUGUUGGUUUCAGGUGAAAUUUCCCCGCAUCUUUAGAGAUGGUCCAACUAGGGCCAUCAUAGGUACCCGUGAGUGAAGGGUGAUGUUGGCUGGUUCCCAUGGGGACCAGUCUUUGUCUGGCAGUCACAACAGCCUAGAAAUGUGUCAUACAUGAGCUUCGUUUAGAUGAACGCUGGGAGGGAACUUUGUGUUUUGUAAAUGCAGACAAAUGAGUUCUUCGAGGGUUCUUUGACAAGAAGCAGAGCCCAAUAUUCCCACCAGUUCUUCUGGUCACAGUUUUUGAAGGCUUCUCUUUUCAUCAUCAGUUCUACCCACUUAAAAAGGUGAUUCUUCAAGGGUUCUUUAGUAAAAGGAAUUGUUCUGUUUACAGCCAUGAGUUCCAUACAGAACCAUUUCAGGCUUAAAUUGUUCUUUACAUGGUAAGAAGGUUCUUCAGACUGAUGGAGAAUGUGUUGUAUAUGGUUCUGCAUGGAACUCUAUAUAGCACCAGAAAGGGUUCUUCUAUUGUUACAAGCUUGAAAUAACAGUAGAAAAACUCUUUUCGAUUCAUAUUCACUACAUUUUCCAUCCAUCUGAAGAAGAAUUUCACCAUGUAAAGAACCAUUUACGCAUGCAGAUGAUUCUUUGUGUGUUCAUGGUUCUACAUAGAACCACUGUGGUAAUUAAAGACCCCUUGUAGAACCUUCUUUUUUUUGGGGGGGGGUGAUGUUGUAGCUGAAAAUCACAGGAACCCCUCCUGCAUCUCCUUGGAACAUUCCGGCUCCGCCCCUCAUCAUCUCCACCACCUGUUUCUUGUUCUCUGGUUUUGUUUUUGGUGGUUUUCAUGUAGUUCCUGUGUUUCCAAGUGUGCCUCUUUCUUUGGUUGAUGGAUUUGCCUGGAUUGUAAUUGUCUGCUGACCCCUGCCCCUCAAAAUUCAUUCAGUGAAAUUACUUUUGAACAUGUAAAUUUAUUGAUUUUUUUUUAAAAAACAAUGCAGUUUUUGUUAAUUAGCUUAUUAGAAUGUAGACUUUUUUAUUGGUUUUACUGAAAACUAUCACUGUUGAAAAAAAAAAAUCACUGAGAAGAAAAUACGGACCAUUUGAUGACCAUCUGAUGACCAUCUGAUGGACUAUUUCAUGUUAAACCACUUUGAAUUCACUUGCUUCACAUCUUUAACAAUAGAAAUUUUGGAAAAUGGUUUUAAAUCCUCUUUGCCUGUGUUGUUUUGCCAAACCCUCUCACUCUGUCCCACCAUUAAGUGCUAUGAUUCAGAAAGAUCCCAGUGCGUAGAUGCGUUGCCUGACCGUUUCAAAGACAGGGCCCACUGUUCUGAUAUCUGGAACGUUGCUCUUCAGUCACUGAUAGACAUUGUUACUCCUCUGUCCUUCGAUCUCCUCUAUUCUCCCAGUUUGCCCUUCCAUUUUUUACAUUUGUUGGAUGUUUUUUGUACCGUCUGCUUGAACUCCCGCUCUUUCUGUGCUUGGCUGGAUGUGCGCUCUUCCUGCAAUGAUUCAUACCAAUAAACAGGGGUUCUGUGUGCUGAUGUCA